AAGAAAAAUAAUGGUUUUUCAGAGGGUUUUGGGAACCAGAACGAUUCAUUAGAAAUCUGAAAAUUCUCUAAAAAAAUGUUUGUUUUCUUAGAUUUUGAGAGAAUUUGGGUUCUGAGAAAUUUGUAAAAAUUUGAUUUUUUUUUUUUUUUUCUUUAAAGAUCUGUCUUCUGAUCAUCAAGUUACAGGGUUUUGGUCUGUGAAUUGUGGAAGAAUUUGGUGUUUACACGCUCAAGUGAUUGCUGGAGAAUGCUUUGGUGUUUGCUAUUCAUAGAUAGUGAGAAUUGAUCUGGAGAAUGUGUUUUUGAGAUUAUGGUGUUGCAGAAGAGGUUGGAUUACGGAUUCAAUGGCUACCAGGUCCCAGUUAUACCUCGUGCAUCGAGAUCAGCUAGGGGGAGGAGCAGUGUAUUCCGAAAGAAAGUGGAUGACAAUUCAAUGUGUGCAUUUGAUUUGCUUGCUACGGUAGCUGGGAAGUUCUUACAAGAGAAGGAAAGCUCUUCUGACUCUACUAACGCGUCUGCUGUGAAGUGUGACGGUGUAAUUUUAAAGGAAAAUGUCAAACAAGAACAACAAGAGGAUGAACUCAAAGUUGUUAAAGUGGAAUCCCACGAGCAGGGUAGCUCAGAUGAGACUACUGUAGUUGCUCAAAUUGAGUCGCAGGCGUACAAAUAUAAUGCGUUCCCAGUUGUUCAUAAUGAAGUUGGUGUUGGAGUGUCUUCAAAUGUCGAUAUUGCUAAUUACGGGGGGAGAGUUGUUUGUACAGAGACAGCUAAUGUGAAUAACAUGAAUGAACUUGUAAAAGUUGUGAAGAUGGAGACUGAUUCUCCUGGUUACGGAGAAUCCUGUGAAAGUGAUGUAGCUAAUAGGAUAGGGAGACAGCUAGAAGCAAAGUCUCUAGGUAUUGGUAAACUAGUUAAUGGAACUGCCCGAGACAUGAGCAUUACAGAUGAUCUGAUGGAAUUAGAUGACAAACCUCCUGCAUUGAUUAGUUCUGACAGUAGCAUUGAGGUGCCACCGUGCAGUGACAACCACAUUCCUCGUGGUUCUUUUCUCGCUAUGCGGGAUGAUGUAAAAGUAGUUAGUAGAGAUGAUGACGAAAAUUCUUCUGGGUGCACGCAGCCCAGCUCCAAAGAUACAAGGUACUUUAGGCAAGCACCGCGUAUUGGAGAUCGUAGGAUAAGGAAGCUUUUGGCGUAUAAAUACUGGAAAGUAGCACCAAAGUUGAAAGAUGCAGAGCGCUCUAGAGCUGAUAUGAAGUUCAUUCUCCAAAACAGGAGAAAUGGUUUCACCCGCCAAAGGUCUCAGAGGAACACUUCUUUCAAGAGGAGAAAGGUGUUUGGUCAAAGAACAGGAUUGACAUAUGGAAGACGGAUGAGUAAUGAAAUUAUAUCCAAGUCGCUGGAGAAAGUUGUCGAUGGAGACACUGGCGGUGCAGGUGCAGCCAGCCGAGCAUCAUCUUCAGUUUCUGGUCAAAAAACAUCCUCCCAGUCCAGGGAUUCUCAUGUGAAGCUUUGUAUCAAGUCCUUCAGGGUCCCAGAACUCUUUAUCGAGAUUCCUGAAACUGCAACUGUUGGUUCGUUGAAGAGGUCGGUAAUGGAAGCUGUAAAUGCUAUAUUAGGAGGAGGAUUACAUGUUGGUGUAGUUGUUAAGGGGAACAAGGUUCGGGAUGAUACCAAAACUCUAUUACAGACAGGAAUAUCUCAUGAUGAGGAGCUGGAUAAUUUGGGUUUUACACUGGAGCCCGACCCUGCAAUUGCUCAGCCAUCUAUGCACCCCGACCAUCCUGCAAGAUUGAUGAUGCCUGCUGAGUCGCCUCAGCCACUAACUAGGUAUCCGAGCACUCCUCCCUCUGAUGCAGAUAUCUACGGUGCCUCACUGUAUCGUCAUAUGACUGGUACUGGAAAUUUCAUGGACAGUGAUCACGACUCAGUUCCGUCUCUUAGUGACACUUCAGCUGGCAGAAUUACAGAAGAUUCCAGAGCUCUGGUUGCCGUGCCACCCUUGAGUAUGGAUCCACUGGCAAUGUUUCCAUUGCACCGGAAAUCUAGGAGGUCCGAACUUGCUCAGCGCCGUAUCAGAAGACCUUUCUCUGUCAAUGAAGUAGAAGCACUUGUGCUAGCAGUUGAGAAGCUUGGCACUGGAAGGUGGCGUGAUGUUAAGAUACGUGCUUUUGAUAAUGCAAAACAUCGAACAUAUGUUGACCUUAAGGAUAAAUGGAAAACAUUGGUUCAUACAGCAAGAAUAUCUCCGCAGCAGAGGAGAGGAGAACCAGUUCCUCAGGAUCUCCUGGAUAGAGUUCUCGCUGCCCAUGCUUACUGGACUCAGCAGCAAGCUAAGCAACAGGUCAGGCAACAGAAUGAAACAUGCCUUCUGCUCUGAACUGGACACCACCACACUUGUUCAUCCACGGUUUGUCGUACAAAAGGGGGGGUUAGACAGAAAAGAGGGAGACAGUUGAUUACAGUUCUGUAAAAACGUGCAAAAGAAAAAAACAAGAAAAACAAAAACGAAAAAGAGAAACCGAAUAAAAUUGUGUAUUAUUCCUGACACUGACCAUGAUUUUUAAUGGGGUUUUUUCGUCUCCUCUCGUGAGAGAACGAGAUUUGAUGCAUUUGUAAAUGAUGACAGAAUAAGUCCAUGCUAACAAUGAUUUGUUAGUAUGACACUGAAAACUCGCAUGUGUUCCUUCACAUUUUCUUAUUCGAUUCUUUCCACAAGUUGCAUAGAAUAAGUGGAAAGAAUAAGAAUUCAAUAAUUUUUCCAUUCAA